AUGGCUUUACAAACACCUAAACAAAGAGCAGCUAAUGCUAAAUUUGAAAAAAAGAAUACCAACCAAUGGGGGAAACCAAAAAAGGAAAAUACAAAGACUGAAUAUCCAGUGUCCAAAUCUUGGUUAUUUGUAUUAUUAUUCUUAGUAUGUGGUGGAGCUAUUUUAGAAUUAAUAAGAUUAAUCUUUUAA